AUGACGUCAACCAGGCGUGGGCACCAGUACCGACCAAUUGAGACGUGGGCUGCAUGUUGCAUGUUGCAUGUUGCAUUGCUGCAACUCCCGCGUUCCCUGCCCGCUCGUUUUAAUGGCCGUCCACCGUUGCACCAGCUGCGUGAUCAUUCCCUGGCCCCUGGGGCACCCAAUCAGCCAGCCCCAGCGUCGACAUCAGCCUUCCACAGGCGGCAAGGCAAAGGCAAAAGCGCAGCCGGCAGACAAAGGGUGACAGGCGACAAGGCGACAGGCGACAAGGACGGCGGGCAGUCCAAAGUCAGUCAGUCAACCAACUCACUGCUGGGACAUGGCAAAGGACCACGACCGUGCCUUGACGACGACGACGACGACGACGACGACGACGACGACGACGACGACGACGACGACGACGACGACUUCAAAACUAGGGGCUGGCCAACACGUCCUGGACGGCCUGGAGUCCUGGACGGCCUGGCAUGUCUUGGAAAUUAA